AUGGGGCAGUUGGCUGCGAGUGGAUUUUCGUUGCCACGAAGGCUGGUGUCCACGCUCUUCAUCUCGGCGUUGCUUGCUUACACGUUGAUCUUGGUCCAAACAUGUGCUUUCGAUAUCGAACUGUCGAAGAUCUUCGCAAGUCAGCAUGAGCGAGCUUCGCACGAGCUGAGUCAUGAAACAGACAGCUACUUGGACGAGCUGCUUCGCAAACACGACCUCUCGCCUCGGGUCGAGUGGGCGGCAUGGAACAUACUCUCCACACAGAGACAAGAGAGAUGGGCAUCAGUCACCCGCGUGCCCCGCCACUUCCAGCCACGACAAUUGCGCCUGUUCGACCCGCGCGGACAGGAGCGCCGUUCGUCCACGCAGAUGCCCUUUGGGACGCUGGUACUGCCCUCGCCGCGGAGCUGGCGCCCUGGUCACUUUGAUGCAUCGGGCUUCCUAUUUGGCGUGUCAACCACGUACGAGCGGCUGAUGGCCGACGACCGCGCGGUGCUGAAGAACUGGCAGUGGUGGCUGACGGACGGGCAACAGGCCGGCAGCGGCGCCCACCUGGUGGUCAUGCUGGACCGGGCCGAUGACGGGCAGAUGGAGGAGGUUGAGGGCGCGCUUGCGGAACUGGCAAUCCCAGCCAUGGUGUACAAUGCCCAGGAGGAGUUGUCCGCCGCGACGCGGUACGCGCAGCUGGCUGGGGAGCUGCAGGCCUACGGCUCGGCCCUGUCGGCCGUGGGUGUCGACAAACUGUGGCAUGUGCUGAUCGAUGACACCGUCUUCUUCCCCAGCCUGUCGUACCUAGACGAGACGUUGGGCGCGUACAAUGCCCGGGAUAAGGUGUACAUUGGCGUGCCGAGCGAGCGGGAAGACUGGCAGAUGAGGGACGGCGUGCUGUCGACCGACGGCGGCGGUGUGAUCAUUCUCUCCCGCCGCGCCCUGGGCCACUACAUCUCCCUCUCGUGCGCUGAGCCAGACGCCGCACCCGGCGAGAAGUCGCGCGGAAAGUCUCGGGCCAAACGACACUGGGCUUCGACGCUACGCGAGUGCCUGACCGGGCGGGGCGAACUGUCGAUGCACGUCGUGCCCGGCCUGUUCUCGCCCGUCGCCGAGGCCGGUUUGCCGUUGCCGUCCUCCCGGGCUGAGGACCUCGAGAGCGGCGUUCGACCGCUUGCGCUGCGGAACCGUGGUCCGGGUCUCGACGUGGACACGGCCACGGCGUACGUCGUCGCUGACGGGUGCGGCGAGGCGUGCUUCGCGCAGCGGUUCCUCUUCCGCGACGGCUGGGUCCUCGUAAACGGUGUGUCCAUCAGCCAGUACGAGUACCCGCCCAUGCUCCAGCGAGGGAGCAGCGGCCUCGCCGAGGACCUGUCGCCGCCUAGGGUGCGGCCGGCGCUUGCAGCGCAGUUGCACCUCGAGGAGGCGGCCGGCGGAGCUGGACUGCGCCUCACAACCGGCGGUGCGCGACACGUCUGGCGGCUCCUAGACUCAUCGGUGGACGACUACGGCGCUGUUUGGCAGGCUUAUGUUAAGAGGGACGUAAGAGAGAAGCGCGCGGUGCCGGCAGAUGAACAGGCGGCGGACGACGAGCCGUUGGACUCGGUCAUUAUUCUGGUCUGGAAUGGGGCCAAGCGGACAUGA